AUGACAGAAAGAAUAGAGGCUGAGGUUCCACCUGCGAUAGGGGAGUACUUUCUCCCAUCCGCUUACACCUCGCCAUCAUGCAUAACAUUGCCUACCACUGCCUCAACACAAUUUGAAAUCAAGUCCAGUUUGUUACAAACACUCCCAUCAUUCUAUGGACUUGAUAACGAGGACCCAUAUCGGCAUUUAGGGGACUUUGAAGAGAUUUGCUCCACUGUUAAAAUUCAGCACUUCACUGAUAAUGCCCUUAGGUUGAAGCUAUUCCCAUUCUCACUUAAAGAUAAAGCCAAAUACUGGCUUAAUACUUUGGCACCGAAUAGCAUCACCUCUUGGGAUCAAAUGAAAAAUGAGUUUUUGAAAAAAUACUUUUCCAUAGGCAAAACAAAAGAAAUUCGCCAAGAACUCACUAGUUUUUAUCAAAAAGAAGGCGAACAAUUUCACCAAGCAUGGGAGAGGCUUAAUGAUAUUAUUAGGAGUUGUCCACACCACCAAGUUCCUAAAUGGCAGUUAGUCCAAUGUUUCUACGAUGGACUAUGCGAACAACACCGAUAUAUGGUGGAUGCCUCAUGUGGAGGCACAUUUAUGCUUAAGAAUGAGAAUCAGGGGUGGGACUUGUUUGGGCAGUUAGCGGAGAAUUCACGACACCGAGCUGCAUCAUCUCGCACAAAUAGGACAACUUCUACCUCUUCAAAACAUAGUGGCCUUUAUGAGGUGGGCCGCUCUGAUGAUCUUUCCUAUAAGGUAGAUGCAUUGACCCGCAAGUUUGACACUUUCUUAUCUUUGGGUCAUGGUCCUUCACAUUCUUCACCUCCUGCUGCUGUUGCGGAGGUCUGUCAGUUGUGCUCCAGUCCGUGCCAUCAAAUAAAUGAGUGCCACAUGGCAUCUCAAUUUCCAGAAUUUCUUCAAGAGCAUGUGAACGCAGCCCAGGGGUUUGGUAGGCCAGCGAAUGACCCCUAUUCUCAUACUUACAACCCCGGCUGGAAGAAACAUCCCAACUUUGGAUGGCGACAGCCAGACCAAGGGCAACCAUUUGCCCAACCUAUGAGGCCUUCAUUUUCUAAUACUUCCAACACACAGGCCUAUUGUCCACCACCUGCACCACCCCAGUACCAACAACCUCCUGCUCCUCCUGCAUCCUCCCAAAGGACACCAGCUUUUGAGGAGCAAAUGUUGAAGGCCAUGGCUGAAAUGAGAGCCGAUUGCCAACAAAUGAAAGCUGACUCUCAAUUGCUUUACUCCCACUCUCAAUCCAUUGCCAAGAUGGAAACCCAAGUGGGUCAGCUAGCUAAUGCUCUUAACCAUCGGGAUGAGGGAAGAUUACCGAGUCAGCUAGUGGCUAACCCAAGAGGGAUGCACCAUAUUGACAAUUCGCAAGGUCACGAACAAGCGAAAUUAGUUGUCACCCUCAGAAAUGGGAGAGAUGUAGAGACCCGCCCGGAGGAGGUCAAAGCGAAGGAGAAAGUGUCUCCACCUGUCGCUGAGAGGUCUAGGGUUGAUAAGAGGUCUAAGGAGAAGGAGACCGAUCCAGUGUCUAUAGUUGUUCCGGGGUCAUCUGAGACCCCAUCUUAUAUUCCUAAGGCACCUUUCCCAAUUUGCCUGAAUGCACCUUCACCCUUUCGCAAGAAGGGAGUAUCCACUGAUAAUAUCAUGGAGGUGUUCAAGCAAGUUAAGAUGAACAUCCCAUUGCUCGAUGCCAUUGACCAAAUCCCAUCUUAUGCCAAGUUCCUCAAGGAUUUGUGCACUCAGAAGCGGAAGGCUCGAGCAAAGUUUUUAGAGCCCAUCCCCAUUCCUCACCAAGUUAGCUCUGUUCUUCAAUCUAACACUGCCCCUAAGCUUGCUGAUCCUGGUGUGCCCACAAUCUCUUGUGUCAUAGGCAAUCACUUUAUUAGUAGGGCACUAUUAGAUUUAGGGGCAAGUACCAAUCUUUUACCGUACUCUGUGUACGAGGAGUUGGGGCUUGGUGAGUUGAAGCCCACAUCGGUUACUCUGCAGUUGGCCGAUCGUUCUGUGAAAGCCCCACGGGGUAUGUUAGAGGAUGUCCUUGUCAAGGUGAACAAUUUCUACUUUCCUGCUGAUUUCAUUGUCCUUGACACAGAGCCAGUCCACCCCACAGCCCUUAAAUCUCAAAUGCCUGUCAUCUUGGGUCGUCCCUUUUUAGCCACGGCCAAUGCACAGAUUUCUGUGAGGAGUGGAGUGAUGGAGGUAUCAUUCGGCAAUAUGAAGCUGAGUCUGAAUAUGUAUUCGGCCACUCGACAGCCUCAUGAGGAGGAAGACUGCUUUGCAGUUGAUGUCGUUCAUGAGUUAGUAGAAGAGGCGUUGCCGUACAUUUUGGUUGAGGAUCCUCUUGAGGCAUGUCUUGCCCACUUUGGCUAUGAGGAGUUCGAUAUUGACCAAUCCAUUGCUGAGGUCAAUUCUUUAUUAGACCUUGCACCUUGUAUGGCCAAACCUACCUGGCGAACUCCUUUCGAGCCUUUGCCUGCUUUGUCUAGCACUCCAGCUUUUCCCUCCAUAGAAGCCCCACCGAAGCUUGAGUUGAAGCCUCUCCCGGCUUCUCUGAAGUAUGUUUUUCUUGGCCACGAUGACACCUUGCCCGUGAUCAUUGCCUCUGACCUUUCUUCCGAGCAAGACGGUCAAUUACUUAAAGUGCUUAAAAAGCACAAGGGUGCGAUAGGGUGGUCAGUGGCCGACCUCAAGGGUAUUGAUCCCUCUGUUUGCAUGCAUCGCAUUCAUUGCGAGGAAAAUGCAAAACCAUCAAGAGAGAUGCAAAGGAGGUUGAACCCUAACAUGAAAGAGGUCGUUAUGAAGGAGGUGGUCAAAUUGCUGGAUGCGGGUAUCAUAUACCCCAUCUCUGAUAGCAAGUGGGUGAGUCCCACUCAAGUAGUGCCCAAGAAGUCAGGCAUUACUGUCGUUGAGAAUGACAAGGGUGAGCUUGUGCCCACACGCAUGACAACUGGUUGGCGUGUGUGUAUUGAUUAUAGGAAGCUCAAUUCCAUGACUAGGAAGGAUCAUUUUCCACUUCCAUUUAUUGAUCAAAUCCUAGAGAGGUUAGCGGGCCAGAGCUAUUAUUGUUUUCUGGAUGGCUAUUCCGGAUAUAACCAAGUGGCCGUUGACCCAGUGGAUCAAGAGAAGACUACCUUCACCUGUCCCUAUGGUACUUACGCUUAUCGGCGCAUGCCUUUUGGCUUGUGCAAUGCACCUGCGACCUUUCAAAGGUGUAUGAUGGCUAUCUUCUAUGACAUGGUGGAGGAAUUUCUAGAAGUAUUCAUGGAUGACUUCUCGGUCUUUGGGGCCUCCUUUGAUUCAUGUCUCCAAAAUCUUGCAAAGGUGCUUAAACGGUGCGAGGAGACUAAUCUGGUCCUAAGUUGGGAAAAGAGCCAUUUUAUGGUUCAGGAGGGGAUUGUUCUGGUCCCUCAUGCCAUUUAUUAUGCGAGUAAGACCCUCUCCGGUGCGCAGUUGAACUAUACCACUACGGAGAAGGAAUUACUCGCUGUGGUCUUUUCCCUUGACAAGUUCCGGUCCUACCUUUUAAGGUCGAAGGUCGUAGUAUACACUGAUCAUGCCGCUUUGCGGCAUUUACUUUCUAAGAAGGAGACCAAACCUAGGUUGAUUAGGUGGAUUCUGCUCCUUCAAGAGUUUGAUGUGGAGAUUCGAGACAAGAAAGGAUCUGAAAAUUCUGUAGCAGACCAUUUAUUAAGGAUCCUAGUGGAUGCCUCUGGUGACACCUUGCCCUUCAAGGACUCAUUCCCCGAUGAGCAGCUCUUCGAGGUGUCACAAGUGCGACCCCCAUGGUAUGCACACAUAGUCAACUACCUAGCCACAGGCGCGCUUCCCUCUCAUUGGUCCAAGCAUGACAAGGACCGUUUCUUUGCGCAGGUUAGGCACUAUUUUUGGGAGGAUCCAGAACUCUUUAAGUUGUGUUCGGACCAGGUGAUUAGGAGGCGCGUUCCUGAGACUGAGUACCAUAGCAUUCUCACCUUCUGUCAUUCACUUGAGUGCGGAGGGCAUUUUAGUGGGAAAAAGACGGCGGCGAAGGUCUUACAAAGCGGUUUUUAUUGGCCCACUCUAUUUAAGGAUGCAUAUGUGUUUUGCAAGGCAUGCCUUAAGUGCCAGAAAACCGACAAUAUUUCGCGCCGUGAUAUGAUGCCAUUGUCCUCCAUCCUUGUUGUGGAGAUGUUUGAUGUUUGGGGGAUAGACUUCAUGGGUCCGUUUCCGUGUUCGCAUGGGAACGCGUAUAUUCUUGUGGCAGUGGACUACGUGUCCAAGUGGGUGGAAGCAGUAGCCACCAAGACCAAUGACCACAAAGUUGUGGUCAAGUUUCUUCAAAGUAAUAUUUUUACUCGUUUUGGCUAUCCGCGGGCGAUUAUUAGUGAUGAGGGCACCCAUUUUCUCAAUAAACACUUCGCCGCCCUGGUGCGAAAGUAUUCUAUCACUCAUAAGGUGGCAACACCUUAUCACCCUCAGACUAGUGGGCAGGUUGAAGUGUCAAAUAGGGAGAUUAAACGCAUACUUGAAAAGACGGUUAGGCCCGAUCGAAAAGAUUGGUCUUUAAGGCUCGAUGAUGCUUUAUGGGCCUACCGUACAGCUUAUAAGACCCCUAUUGGCAUGUCUCCUUACCGGUUAGUUUUUGGUAAGGCAUGUCAUUUGCCCGUUGAGUUGGAGCAUAGAGCUAUGUGGGCCAUUAAGAAGUUUAACUUCGAUAUGGCCACUCUAGGGUUACAUCGUAAGCUCCAGCUUGCUGAACUGGAAGAGUUGCGCAAUGAAGCAUAUGAUAGUGCACGUAUAUAUAAGGAUAGGACUAAGGCAUUUCAUGAUAAACACAUUGUUAGAAAGUCCUUUGAAGUUGGUCAAAAAGUGUGGCUCUUUAAUUCUAGACUUAAACUUUUCCCGGGUAAGUUGAGGUCACGGUGGGAUGGUCCAUAUGUUGUCAUUCGUGUUUUCCCCCACGGAGCUGUAGAGAUUAAGGAUCCACGUGUUGGUAAUGUUUUCAAGAUCAAUGGCCAAUUGCUUAAACCUUACGUGGAAGGAAUUGGUGAUGGCGUGGUGGAUGGUGCCACAGUGGAGUCCAUUACUUUGAUGGACCCAAUUUAUAUAGAUUAGUG